UCAGAUCCUUAUAUAUGAGGACUUCAAUCCUCCGAUAUAUAUUGAAAUCCCCUUAAUCCUCCAAAUCUUCUUAUAUCCCUCUUACUCACCCGAUAUCUCUUCCGCCUUUCCUUUACCCUCCAAAUCCUUUGAUAUCACUUUAAUUCUCCGAUAUCCAUCCAAAUCCACCAAUUAGGUAUUUUUAAAUAAAUUUUUAAAAAAAAGACUCGAAAAUGUCUCGGUGCCCGACUCGAUAAAGCAGGCCCGAAAAAGACUCUCGUACCGUCCCGACUCGAUAAAAACAAGCUCGAAAAAAUGCCUCGCCCGUCGGCCCGACUCGAAAACGGCAACCCUAAUUGCGAGGAAUAAUUACUAUGAUUAAAAAAAUCAAAUUUUGUCUAUUUUUUAUAUUUUUAGGUGGGGCAGUACUAUUAGGGGGGCAGUACUAAUAGAGGGGGCAGUACUAUUUUUCAACCCUCCUCUAAAGGGCAGUACUAUUAGAGGGGGCAGUACUAAUAGAGGGGGCAGUACUAUUUGAGGAAAUACGGUAUGUUUAUUUUAAAAGAAAGAUUCAGACAAAGAAUGACUUUAACUCGUCCUAUAUACUACAUAAGCAAAUGAUAAAUACCUGUUAUAUUAUUUUGACAUUAAAUUUAUUAAUAAUUCUCGUAUCGCCGAAUAAUUAUCCAAAAUGUCGAAAUUAUCAACAGGCAUGUGCAGUUGAAUUAAUGAAAUUUCCAGAAUUAGUUAAUGAUGAAAGGGAGGGCAUAAAAGAAGGACAUAAUGAAAGAAAUGAAGAAAGUGUGUCUGAAGGAUCAGGAGAAAACAAUGACGAUGAAAAAUUACAUUUUGUGCCAAUGAGUAUGUCCUUCCCAAUAUAUGAUGAAUUUGUACCAACUACACCAACAUACGAUUACUCCAUGGAGCCUGUAGAGAAGGUUCAACAUCAAAUAUGCUCUUGCUUAGAUGACGAAGAAUGUGGUAAAUUUGAUAGUAUCGAACAAACAUUGGAACUGAGCAAUCAUAUUAGAAUUGCUUUCUGUAGGCCGUUGGAUAAAAUCUUCAAUGUCAAAUGUAAAGGAAUGCGGUCUAUAGCUCGUGUUAUAGGAAGAUUGGACAUGGAAACCGGUGAUAGGCUUGUACAUGUUAACGAUACACUUAUAUUUUGCCGAUGCGAAUCCAACAAAUGGAUAAGAAUGAUGAUUGAGCCAUGGAUCAAUGAUAUGUUUUCAUUUUCAUAUAUCUGCAUUUAA